AUGAAUCUUGGUGAGAACAAAAUACCCUCGGCUAGAUCAAGUGAUUUAAAACAAUCUGAGGUCAUAUAGAGGUCAAGGUAGAGCAGAUAUAAUGAAUUGGAGGAUGACUCAGGAAUAAAUGAUCCCUACUAUGAAUAGAAGGGAGAAAUAGUUGUAGGGAAAUAGGGUACAUAGGGUGAUCAGAUUAAAUUUGAGAAUAAUGAUAUCUUAUACAGAAGUCCUCAUCAUAGAUUUGAUGCUAAUAAUACUGAGACUAGAGCAUUACUAGAUGUAGAACAAUCAAGAUUCGAAAUUUAUAUACAACGAGUGAUGCUUUUAGGGACGAAAAGAUUCUUUAAGGGAGGUUGUUGGAACAUUUUUGACACAUUUGUCGUCUUUGGAUGUAUUUUACUAUUUAUUGCAAUGCUUCUUUCGAGAAGUGGGACUGUACUUAUUCUAGAAGAAUUAAGUGAGGAAAUUCUCUUAAUUACAUGGAGUUUAUUCCAAACAUUCAGAAUGAUAUUUAUUGCUAAGAAGUAAAAGCUUGCUUAGUAGAGUGCCAAAACUCUCAUAGACUUUACAAAUGUGAUGGAGAGUGAACCAGGUGAUUAAACUAUGAGAUAAGGUUACGAUGAAGUGAUAGUUUUUGACAUGAAACAAAUGGAGCAAAGAUAGUAGGAUUAACUUAUAACCAGUAGCAAUAAUGGAGGAGUAAGCAAUAGAAAGAGAAGCAGAGGAAGCUAUAAAUAAUAAAGACCAGCUUAUUCAAGCUAAUAUAGAAUCGAAGAUGAUGGGGGUAUAGAGCUAAAAGAUAUGGGUUAGAAUGAAAAAUAUAAGCACUAAGGUCUUGGGGGGUACGAUGAUGAAGAAAGUCUUGAUAACUCAUCCAGACUAGCAGAAUGA